AUGGAGAAUAAUUUUGAUGUACUUGAGCAUCUAAUAUUUAUUAGAGAAGAUGAUGUUUGUUUAGAUUCAAAUCCAUAUAAUGGGAAAUAUUUUGUUGCAAGAAUUACAGCAGUUCCCGUAUUAUUCGUGGUAUCAGCUUUAGGUUCAUUCGCUCCAUUGAUUGCCAAAUACAAUAAAAAGUUUAAGAUUCCAAAUUGGUGUUUUCAAGCAAUAAAAUUCUUUGGUAGUGGAGUUAUAAUAGCGACUGGAUUUAUUCAUUUAAUGGCUGAAUCAUCAAGAAAUUUAACAAUGAAAUGUUUAGGUUCACCAUUUAUUGAUUAUCCUUUUGCUGAAGGUAUUGCAUUAAUUGCAUUAUUUAUUAUAUUUUUCUUUGAUGUUAUUGCUCAUCAUAAAUUAAGUCAAAAAGCUAAAAGAAAAAUUGCAAAUUCAGAGAUAAGUGAGGUGAGUUCUACUACCAAUGUUGGAAUAGAUACAAAUAAGGUUAAUGAAUUUGAAAAUAAAAAUAGGGAUAUUGAAGCGUUAAAUGGUUCAGAAAAUAACAAUAAUAAUCAAGAUGAUGUAACGCUAGAGAACAAUUUAUAUAAUAAAUCUUCAUCUUCAACACUGUCAAUAAAUUCAAAACAAAGCACUGCAAUAAUUCAUCAAAAUAACUAUAAAAAUUUAGAAUCAGUAUAUCAACAAAUUUUGAAUUGUAUAGUUUUAGAAUGUGGUAUUAUAUUCCAUUCUAUAUUUGUUGGAUUAUCAUUAGCAAUAGCAGGUGAUGAGUUUAUAACAUUAUAUGUCGCAAUUUGUUUUCAUCAAUGUUUUGAAGGUUUAGGAUUAGGUACAAGAUUUGCAACAACUCCAUGGCCUAAAAAUAAAAGAUAUAUACCAUGGGUAAUGUCAUUAGCUUAUAGUUUUACAACACCUUUUGCAUGUGGUAUAGGAUUAAUAGUAAGAAAUUCUUAUCCACCAGGUUCAAGAACCGCUUUAAUUACAACUGGUGUAUUUGAUGCUGCUUGUGCUGGUAUAUUAAUUUAUAAUAGUAUUGCUGAAUUAAUGGCUUAUGAUUUUAUGUAUUCAGGAGAUUUUGAAAAUGAACUGAUUACAAAAAUCCUUAUUGCAUUUUUUUAUUUGACUUUGGGUGCUUUUGCAAUGGCACUUAUUGGUAAAUGGGCAUAA